GUUGUGAAACGACUAACAGGCAGGAUAAAAAGAAGUCAGUUGUUGGUAUUCGCCGGCAUUGUAGCUACCAAGCCGCUGAGCGUUGAACUGACUCGCGAAAUGGAAGUACUAAAAGAAUUAAUUUUCACCCCUAUAGGGAUUGCCACCUGCGUUAUAGUGGCUUUGUAUCUUUUCGUUCGGAGUUCUAGCAAGAGCUAUGACUUAUGGGAGAAGAAAGGUGUGCCUUAUAUAAAGCCGAAACCUUUCUUCGGAUCUGUACUGGACAAAUUCGGAAAGCCUUUUCAUGAAAAUGAAGUCGAAAGGUACAAGAAAUAUGGUCGUCUAUAUGGAGACUUCGAGGGCUCUUCAGCGCUCCUGUCAGUUGCUGAUCCCGAUCAUCUUAGAAACAUUUUGGUCAAAGAUUUCCAAUUCUUCACCAAUCGCAGGGGGUUGAAAACAGGCGAUACUAUCACCGAAAGAAUGCUUCAGCUGUUAGAAGGCGAAGACUGGAAGAGAGUUCGAACUAUUAUUACUCCCACUUUCACCACUGGCAAAAUCAAGAGAAUGAUGAGCAUUUUCACAAGUUGUUCCAAAGUUGUGGUGGAGAAUUAUAGGAAAUAUACAGAGAAAGGCGAACCGGUUGAUACAAAGAAGGUAUUCGGGGCAUUCACUAUGGAUAUCAUUGCCAGUGCUGCUUUUUCUACCAAGCUCGAUUCGCAUAAUGACCCAAACAACGAAUUCGUUAAAGUUGCCCGUGGAGUGUUUCACACGAACGUUAAUAUGAGAUUCGUAUUUUAUCUUUUGCUUCCUCGUCUUAUGAAGUUUUUCAAAGUGCCCAUCUUCCCACCAAAGGGUGUCAAGUUCUUCAGUGACGUCACAAUGCGAAUAAUAAAAGAGCGCAGAAGGACAGGACAGACCAGAAAUGACUUCUUGCAACUUCUAAUGGAUGCAGCUGAUGAAACAAAAACAGAGGAUAAAACCGUAGAGAUAGCUGAUGAAACAUUGCAGAAUUACGAGACGGAUACGAACGAUCAAAUAUUCAAGAACUAUAAGCCGAAGAAAGCUUUGACAAACGACGAAUUGGUGGCCCAGUGUGUGAUUUUCUUUUUGGCCGGUUUCGAGACAACAGCCUCGACUCUAGCUUUUGCGUCCUACCACCUGGCUUUGAAUCCGGAUGUGCAGGACAAACUGAUAGAAGAAUUAGACGAAACUGUUCGACAAGGAAAUGGUGAACUUACCUACGAAUCCAUCCAGAGUAUGAAGUAUUUGGAUAAUGUCAUAUCAGAAACAUUGAGAAUGAAUUCACCAGCUGUUAGGUUGGAGAGAAUAGCAGGCGAAGACUACAAGCUCGGUGAUACCGGUAUUGUGAUACCAAAGAAUACCGUCAUUACAGUUCCAAUUUACGCCAUGCACAGAGAUCCCGAAUUUUUUCCCGAGCCCGAAAAGUUUGACCCCGACAGAUUUUCUUCGGAAGAACGUGCCAAACGCAAUCCAUACACAUUCAUGCCUUUUGGUGCUGGUCCAAGGAACUGCGUUGGCAUGAGAUUUGCCUUGGUGGAAGCGAAGGUGUGCCUGGCUUACGUCCUCAGCCAUUUCAAAAUUAAGAGAUGUGCACAGACGAAGGUUCCUUUGGAAUUCCUCAUGGGCAAUGGCCUACUUCAAGCGAAAGAAGUCACACUUCAAAUGGUACCGAGAGAAAAUGUUUUGUUGAAGGAUUAAGAGGGAAAAACUAUUCCGUAUGAAGUUGUGACUAAAGAAUGACCAGCUUCAUAAACAGCUUCAGUUGUGAACAUUUUACAAAUUUUCUGUAAUUUUGUAUAUAGUGUCAAAUUGUUUAAUUAUACUGAUAAUAUUCCAUAUUUACAUGUUAAUAAUAUGAAAUAUUUGUUCGUUAUAAAAGAUUUAAUUGUUAUUAUUUUUUGUAAAUAAGUUUUGUACUUUUAUCUUUUGAAAUAAAAUUUUUUCUUUUGUUCUUAA